AUGGACAAUCUCACUUACAAAGAAAGACAAAGUUUAAAGAAACUACAAGAAAAUAGUACCAUCAUAAUCAGACCAGCUGAUAAGGGUGGUAGUAUUGUAGUUAUGAAUAUGGCUGAUUAUGAAAGAAAGAUGAUUCUGCUAUUGCAAGAUAAAUUUUAUGAACCUAUUUCGUAUGAUAUUGUUAAUGAUAUUAUAAGAGUAAAACAAAAAGUGGUAGCAUCUUGGGGAGAUAUUAUGGAUAAAAUAAAGGAGAUGGAAGUGAAAGAAACCACAGAAGAUAAAAAAUCAUAUGCAAUAACACUGAAAGAAGUCAAAAAACAAAUAAGAGAGGAAGAGGGUGGAAGAGAGGUUGUGAAAAAGAAGUACAUUGUACAUCUCAGCAGUAAGAAAGAAACAGAACUUGAAAAAUAUAAAGUAUGGGACACAGUUAUUGCAGCCUUGGGAAAACCGCCUAAUGAAUGCAAUUUGCAAAGUCAGACUGUUCCUUUCUACAUACAAGAUGCCGACAUAAUGUUUGGUGGGAUCUUUCCCGUCCAGUAUGCCAAGCCUCCUUCAGAAGUUACCUUUACUGAACUCCAAAAUUCAGCUCAGUGUGAAACGUUUCGGUUUCCUAUAUACCAGUGUUUACAUGCAAUGAUAUUUGCAGUUAAUGAAAUCAACAAAAACCCAUUCCUUCUAUCAAAUGCCACCCUUGGAUUUGGGAUUUAUGAUUCCUGUGGGUUGGCUACAAGAGCUAUUCAGGGCACAAUGCAGCUUCUCACUGGUUUAAAUCAACAGAUCCCAAAUUAUCACUGUGCAACAAAACCAGUUGCAGCCAUAAUAGGUGAUGCUGCAUCAAGGAUUUCCAUUCCUGUAGCCCAGUUAGUGGGACUUUAUGGACAGCCUCAGAUUAGUUAUGGUUCAACAGUGGCAUUGCUGAGCAACAAGAAACAGUUCCCUUCAUUUCUCCGCACUGCUCCUAGUGACAAAUUCCAAUCUAUUGGCUUAGCCCAUCUGUUGAUAUAUUUUGGUUGGAUUUGGGUUGGAAUCCUGGCAGAGGAAAGUGACUAUGGACAACAGGGUAGUCAAACAGUUAAAGAAGAACUCCUUAAAUCUGAAGCUUGUAUUGCAUUCUUUGAAUUGAUUCCUGUGGCUUACAGUGAGAGAAAGAUCCAGAGAAUCAUUGAUGUUAUCAAGGGAUCAUCUGCAAAUGUCAUUCUGGCCUUCUCAAGUGAUGAUGGUCUGAAUCCUGUUUUGGAAGUUAUAUCCAAGCAUAACAUUACUAAUAAGAUCUGGCUUGCUUCAGAUGGAUGGUUUUACUCUCCCAUAUUUUCCAAUAAUAAUAUUAUUAAAACAUUAAAUGGCACCAUUGGAUUUGUGUACCAGAAAGGUGAAAUGCCUGACUUUAAAGCACACCUUCUGAAUGUUAAUCCUUUUAAGACUCCAAAUGACAUAUUUGUGAAAGAAUUUUGGGAGGUGGCUUUUAGUUGUAACUUGUGGCAACAUAAUUUGAGUCUACCUGCAAGAAACACAGCAAAUGAAGAAACCCUGUUUUGUUCUGGGAGUGAAAAUCUAAAAGAACUGAAUAACCCCUUCACAGAUGUUUCUUCUCUAACGGUGCCAUACAAGGUUUACCAAGCAGUAUUUGCAACUGCACAGGCUUUGCAUGACAUGUUUUCAUGUUCUCCAGGUUAUGGUUUGCUGGACAAUGGAUCCUGCCCUGACAUGCGCCACUUUGAACCCUGGCAGCUGUUAACGUACUUGAAGAAAGUACACUUCAGAGACAAAACUGGAGAUGAAAUAUUCUUUGACAUAAAUGGUGACCCUCCAGCUGUUUAUGAUAUUCUGAACUGGCAAGUUAGUGACAGCGGAUUAUCAAGGUAUGUUGAAGUUGGACGAUAUAACACCAGCGCCAGCCCUGACUUGGUUAUCGAUGAACAUCAGAUCAAAUGGAACGGAGGUCACACCCAGGUCCCACAGUCUGUCUGCAGUGAGAGUUGCCAUCCAGGAUACAGACGUUCUAACCUUCAGGGUCAGCCCAAGUGUUGCUACACCUGCAUCUUAUGUCCAGAUGGAGAAAUUACCAACCAGAGUGAUUCCAAUACUUGUUGGAUGUGUACAGAAGAUUAUUGGUCCAAUCCUGCCAGAAAUCAAUGUCUUCAAAGAUCUGUGGAAUAUCUAUCCUUUGAAGAACCCCUGGGUAGCGCUUUGGCAUCUCUAUCGAUUUUCUGCACAAUGAUUCCUGUGAUGGUGUUAACCAUCUUUAUGAGACACAGAGACACUCCAAUUGUAAAGGCCAACAACCGGAACAUCAGUUAUCUUCUACUGUUUGCACUGUCUCUGUGUUUCCUUUGUUCUUUGAUUUUUAUAGGUCACCCAGUGAGAGUUAUAUGCCUGCUGCGACAAACUACCUUUGGUAUAGUCUUUUCUCUCUGCAUAUCUUGUGUGUUGGCAAAAACUGUUAUGGUAGUGAUAGCCUUCAAUGCGACAAAACCAAAUAGUAGCUUAAAAAAAUGGGUUGGACCUGUUCUGCCUAACAGUAUUGUAUUUAUAUGCACCACGUUUCAGGUUAUUCUGUGUAUACUCUGGUUAACUAUUUCUCCUCCCUUCCCAGUAAGGAACAGAAAUGUACAACAUGAUAAAAUAAUUAUUGAAUGUGAUGAGGGUUCUGCUAUUGCCUUUUGGUGUUUGCUGGGGUACAUGGGGCUUUUAGCCAGUGUCAGUUUUGUUGUUGCAUUCCUGGCUAGAAAACUACCAGAUACUUUUAAUGAGGCUCAGUUUAUCACAUUCAGCAUGUUGAUAUUUGUCAGUGUGUGGCUUUCCUUUAUCCCAGCAUACCUGAGCACCAAAGGAAAGUACAUGGUUGCAGUGGAAAUCUUUGCAAUCUUGUCUUCUAGUGCUGGACUGUUCUCUUGUUUAUUUUUACCUAAAUGUUACAUUAUUCUGUUGAGACCUGAGAUGAAUACCAGAGAAUAUCUCAUGGGAAAAGGAAAUGUUAACAUUAAGUAA